CGAACGAUAAAUCCACCACACAUCGCUGCAGGAUCCGUAUAUUUUUAAUCAUCGCAAUCAAUCGGACUGGUCUUCUGCACAAAUCUCACAUCUACAUAUCCAACCUAUAACGCGCAAUUAGAUGCAGGUAGGGAGAAGCUUCGUAAGCUGUGUGCUCAAACACUUCCCCUUGCUAAUGACUACAACCGGAGUUUAUAUACCAGGUCAAGUUUAAGAGGCCUCGACAGUGAGAGAUAUCCGAUGGUGGUCUAAUCAUAUGUACUAAUAUUCUCUAGCAUACAUGUCUCGGUCAAUGUACAAUCCUGUUUUUUUCUGCUAAUAGUGGCACCCACAACCGCAAGUCCUGUUGAAAAUGAUAAGAAGCAUCUCGGCAAAUGGGAAAUUCAUGUGUAGGAGCAGCUUUGAAUAGCAGAAGCCGUUUUCUCAACAACAUUGCAGAAUCAGUUCCAUCUCAGUAUUGGAAAACAGGGGACGCAGGUGUGCAAGAACAAGAAAGUCCAGCGAGCAACCCGAAGGAGGCGCCCUCAACCGUCAGCAUUCCAGAUCGGGCAGACCCUGUUGCAAAAGAGUCUCCGAAGAUGAAAAGGUUUGGGGAUGGUGCCCCCUCUCUCACAUCAUCUGUUUUAAUGCACAAGACUGAGAACCUCAGAGAUCUGUACACCUUGGGCAGAAAAUUAGGUCAAGGCCAAUUUGGUAUCACUUAUUUGUGUCUCGAAAAGGGGACUAAUAAGGAGUAUGCUUGCAAAUCCAUUGCGAAGAGGAAGCUUUUGUCUAUUGAAGAUGUGGAGGAUGUGAGGAGGGAGAUUCAGAUAAUGCACCAUUUGUCUGGGCAUCCCAAUGUGGUGACCAUAAAGGGUGCCUAUGAAGAUGUGGCAUCUGUUCAUUUGGUCAUGGAACUGUGUGCUGGUGGGGAGCUGUUUGACAGGAUCAUUGCCAGGGGGCAUUACAGUGAGAGGAAAGCUGCUGAGCUUAGCAGGACCAUUGUGGGUGUGGUAGAAGCAUGCCAUUCCUUGAACGUUAUGCAUAGAGAUUUGAAGCCUGAAAAUUUCUUGCUUGCUAGUACAGAUGAGGACGCCGCUCUCAAGGCUACUGAUUUUGGGCUGUCGGUCUUCUUCAAGCCAGGCGAAAAAUUUAGUGAUGUAGUUGGUAGUCCUUACUAUGUAGCUCCUGAGGUACUGUGCAAGAAUUAUGGUCCUGAAGCUGAUGUUUGGAGUGCUGGAGUCAUACUGUACAUUCUAUUGAGUGGAGUUCCACCAUUUUGGGCAGAAUCAGAGCAAGGCAUUUUUGAGCAGGUUUUAGAGGGUGAAAUAGAUUUCAAAUCAGAACCAUGGCCUCACAUUUCGGAGAGUGCAAAGGACUUAAUUAGAAAGAUGCUUGAUAGAAAUCCCAAGAAACGACCAUCAGCUCAUGAAGUACUUUGCCACCCCUGGAUUCGGGAUGAAGGGGUUGCUCCUGACAAACCUAUUGAUUCUGCAGUUCUAUCAAGGUUGAAGCAAUUUUCGGCAAUGAAUAAAAUUAAGAAGAUGGCUUUGCGUGUUAUAGCAGAAAGUCUUUCAGAAGAUGAAAUUGCUGGUCUCAAAGAGAUGUUCAAGAUGAUUGAUACAGAUAAUAGUGGCACAAUUACCUUUGAAGAACUGAGGGAUGGGUUAAAAAGAGUGGGUUCUGAGCUUAUGGAGUCGGAGAUACAAGCUCUCAUGGAUGCAGCUGACAUAGACAACAGUGGUACCAUAGAUUAUGGUGAGUUCAUUGCAGCUACAUUGCACCUAAACAAGAUGGAACGUGAGGAGAAUCUCUUUUCUGCCUUUUCUUAUUUUGACAAAGAUGGAAGUGGUUAUAUCACGAUUGAUGAGCUUCAGCAAGCUUGCCAGGACUUUGGUCUAGGUGAUGUGCAGCUUGAUGAAAUGAUCCGGGAAGUUGAUCAAGAUAAUGAUGGUCGCAUUGAUUACAAUGAGUUCACAGCAAUGAUGCGCAAAGGCAAUGGUGGAAUAGGCAGAAAAACCAUGAGGAACAGUUUAGGAUUAAGGGAUGCCUUAAGAAUUGUUUAAGAACUGGGAAGAAAUAUUUCUAAACACAAUCUCAGAGGAUUUAUAGUUUCAAACUUUCCUCCUUGCAGUUUAUUAAUUUGUUAGCCAUGUUCCCACCAAACUGCAUAUUACGGAAGGUUGAAAGAAGCGAUCGGAUCCACAAAAGCAAUUCCUUUUUGACAACCUUAAGCAGUGGUUCAAUUUCACUGUUUAAUUGGUCAAGCGUCAUGUCGAUAUAUCAAUUUCGGUUUUAGCUAUGUAAAGUGAGUUACAAAUUGGCUUGCUAGUUUUAGCCUUCAUCGAUACAAGGCUGGUGUUCUUUCUUAAUUUUUACUCUUCUCAUUCCCCCCAAAGAUCAUGAGUUGUGUUUCCUGUCUUGAAAUUUAAUGUCUUCUAGUUAACUACAAGUGCAGAUAUAUAUUGGUUUCUCCAAAGUAUGACAUGAUAGAGCUGAUAAAGCAUACAAGACUAUUAAUGCGUGAAUCUUUUUAGGAUCUGAACUAAGAAAUUGGAUAUCACCAUCCAUGUAAACUGUAAGGAGGUAAAAGGAAGGAAUCAUAUAUGGAUAACUUCACCCAGUCAAAAUGCUGACAUCAUUGUUGUUAGGGAGCCAUACCUGUAAGAUUCAAGAUAUUUGGUUUUAUACAGAGUUACAGUGAAUAUAUUAAUGCUUGCAUCUCUGCUAUUUUGAA